CAGAGCGGUAGUGUGUGAUGCCCUGGAGAAGCGUGUUGAAACCAGCAGUUCAUGGAAUUUAAAACGAACUGCCUGUGUAUGUGACUUCUGUUAUUUUGUCAGUGAUUGCUUAGCAUCAAGAAAAAAAAGCGUGAACGAUGUUGACAGAAUCAGUGUCCGAUCCUCGCAGGGCCAAUUGGCUAACUAUUACGAGUAUGUCCGAAGAUUUGUGUUGGCCGGAGGAACCGAAUACUUCCAGACCCAGCUGGGAAUUGGAAGCUGAAAUCCUUCGCUUGACAACAAGAUUGAUGAUGAGGGAGCGGGAGCUUCGGCAAGUCAAAAACCAACUGAAAAGCCAAGUUACCAAAACGCAACAACAAGCAGCCAGCUGGAGGAGGCGAAUGGAGGAAAAGGAGGAGCAAAUGCGAGUUCUCCUUAUCCAGAAAGACUCCGAAAUGCAGAGCAUUGUAUCCCAACUUCUCCUCUUCGAAGCUGAACUUCGCAAAGAACAGUCUAGGAUAGAGGACCUACUGGGGGAAAAGGAUGCCCAGAUCUUGUCUCAGCAAAAAGAGAUCGAACGCUUGAGGCGAUGUGUUGGUGGUAAUCAAAAUGGCCACUCUUUAGAAGGCAGUACUAUGCCAAGCAGCGAAUCGUCCGUGGUAUUCACAGACGUUGAGAAAGAUGAGCUUCCAAAAAUCAACAAGCAUCUAAGUCAGGACCUUUCGGGGCAAGAUUCUCAGCUGAUGAACUCCCAUGACGCUGUUCGCAAACUGAAGGAUGGUCUUGUUAAGAUCAGGGCUAUCCAAGACGUGACUAAUGUGAAACCGUUAGAUUCGUCGUACGAUUGCCUAAUAUCUGAAAAGAAAAGAGUUCCUUACAAAGCGCCACAAAAAAUGAAAGAUCUCAAAGCCAAAAGGAUAAACUCUCAUAAAAUGCACAGACCUGUUGUCAGUGAGAUUAGUGGACAAGCUAUUUUGUGAUGCUCAAGUGGUAUUUUGUGUAUUAUACGUGACACUUAAAGUGCUUUUAAAUAUGCCACUUUGCUAGAUUUAUUUGAAGUGUCGUUUUGUGUAAAGAAAGUAAAAUGUGUAAUGGAAGUUUGGACAAAAGACAUAGUCAGUCUGUUGUUUUAUAUGUUUUUCUACAGUGUUCUCUUUUGAAGAAAUUAAGUUUCAAAAAAUAUAAUACGGUCAAACCAAGAACGAAUUUUCUAAAUUAAAUUAGUAUAAAACUGUUAAGAAUUUUGAUAUUAUGCUGGUAAAUAAUAUUAUGAU